UCCAUCCAGAAGGAACGGGAGACGGAGAGAGAAAGGAAGAGAGGAAGGAGGGCGAGGAAGGGAGAAAUAAACCUGCCUGAAACGGAGGACAAGGCCACAUAAACACGAAUAGACUGGAAAAGGACAUUGCCUGGACCUGAAACCCGUCGACCUUUUUUGUUCCGCCUGGACAAACGGCUACUUUCCCCAUCGUCUCGCGAGAAACUUCCUCGAUUUUUAGCAGGUGAUGAUCUUGGAUUAAUUUUCAUUUUCUUCUUUACAAGGAUGAAAUUUGAAGUGAGCUCAAUUUUACAAGCAAUGGCCCAAGAGACGAACCAGAGCCCAGUGCCCAUGCUUUGUGCCACGGGCUGUGGUUUCUAUGGCAACCCCAGAACCAAUGGUAUGUGCUCUGUAUGCUAUAAGGAACACCUGACACGGCAGCAGAGCAGUGACCGCAUGAGCCCCCUCAGCCCAAUGGGCUCCGCUGGUAGUCCUACCUCAGAGGCCUCAGCUAUCCAGAGACUAGAAGCCAGUUUAGCCAAGGUUGACGCCUCCCCUGCCUCUUCACCAGACAUGUCUAGAACUGUUCAAGGAUCUCUUCCUGUGACUCAACAAAUGACAGAGAUGAGCAUCUCGAGAGAGGACAAGCCAGAACCCCUAGAGCCUGUUGUUAGCCAGCCUGCUGCUUCUAGCCCUACUCCUGUAGCUUCUUCUAGCAGUGAUGAAAGCAAGGGUGACACCCCAAAACCCAAGAAGAAUAGGUGCUUCAUGUGCCGCAAAAGGGUGGGCCUUACAGGGUUCGACUGUCGCUGUGGGAAUUUGUUCUGUGGCAUCCACCGGUACUCCGAUAAGCACAACUGCCCCUAUGAUUACAAAGCUGAGGCUGCCGCCAAGAUCCGCAAAGAGAACCCCGUGGUGGUGGCUGACAAGAUCCAGAGAAUAUAGAUGUGAAAAAUACAAUGGCUGUGGCUGCAUCAGUGAUAACUUUGACAAAGACUGGAUUAUGAGUGUGAACCUUUGAAAAAAGAGCACCGGCACGAGUGACUAAGUGACAGUUGAAAGGACUUGAUUUACAAAAUUACAACCUCAAGAAAAAGAUGGAGAAAAAGAGAAGAAAAAAAGAAAAGAUCCUGUCUGAGGGAGAUGCAUGAAUGAUCACUUUUCUCUUUUUUUGAUUAAUUCAUUAGUUUGUUUUAUUCUGUUUUCUGUGGUGUGACUUUGCCGCUGUUCAGUCCUUUUUUUCUAAGAAUAUGUAUUGUCUUAUUAAGAGCAGCCCAGGCUAAAUGUCCAGGAUAUGCUGUGCUCCUCUCACCCAAACCAGGCGCCAUUUUGUGCCAAACCGUAGAAAACUAUUGUACUUAGAGCCUGUCCAGUGUCAAACACUGACAGCUCUAUUUAAACAUUCAGACCACACAGUUACAGUCCACACAACCUUUUUGAAUUCCUGAUCUGCUCUCCGUUGGUACUGGAGUCAGUCAGCGUUUGGAGAACCGUACAACUGUCCCCCACCAUGCACAAGGGGCUUUGUUACUUUGUCUCUGUCUCUCCUAGCUUUACCUACCUCACAGCUGCUGUGUUAAGCUUUCUCGUCUUCCCUUUUUUUUAGUUUUCAUCAGCUUCGACCCCAGCACAUCAUCUUUAAAGGCAGCCUCAGUGACCCCUCUGAUCAGCAUGUCUGUGUUGACUUUGAUCGGUUUGAUUGUGAUGAGGCUGCUCCAUUACGGCUGGAGGUAUCAUGCUAGACAGGGACAAACAAAUGACUCCAUGUUUCUCUGAAUUCUUAAACAUUUUUAUAAAUGGUGGUGAUGGGUAAAGGAGCUCUGUGCUCACAUUAUGAUCACAGACGCCUGGUGCAGGGCUGUGUGUACCAAUGUGUGGCCUGAGAGGAAGGAUGGCACCCUUCCCUGGCUGGCCUGGUAGGUAAAGUCAAGCAACAAUAUUGUAGGAGCAUGAAUGAAUGAAUGGGAUAAAUGCAUGAGUUACUCUUCAUCUGCAUUAGUGUUUCAGAGAUAUUUGGCAUCACUCAGACUUUAGGGGUUCAGACAUUUUAUUUGCUGAGAGACAAUUCUGUUAUUUUAUUAGCUUUUUUUCUCUUCCAUUGAUAUUGUGCUGAUGUUAGCGCAUGUAUUCAGUGCAUUUGUGGAAAUAGGGUAUGUGAACCAUGAUUUUUUUUUAAUGCGCUAACGGAAAGUUCAUGUGAGCACAGUGUGUGCGUGUGAGUUGUUCCCCCAACCUUUUUGUCUGUGAAGCUACCCGGUUUAUCAGCACAUGUUUACAGAACUACAGGAGCAUGCCAGAGCUAGAUUUAUGAAAAUAAUAGAUACCAAGAUUAGAUGUAACUUCUCAUCAGUCUAACAGCUAUCGGUCUGUGUGUCUGCCUUAGAGUAAUGUAGAGACGUAUGAGUGUGUUUUGUGUGUGUGUGUGUGUGCACAUUCCUGUGCAGAUGUGUGUUUUCAUGGCUGCCUGACACAUUAAACAACGUAUGUUUGUGACUUGUGUUACUCCCCUUUUUCUCCCCUUGUAAGGAUGUGUUUUCCAUUUAAAAAGACAACUGUAUGUAUCCGUUUGAGUUUUUCCUUUCUGAUUCUUAGUUAUAUGCAAAUUUGUACAAAAAAGAAAAAAACAACAAACCGUGUUGUUAUUUAUGUAUUACAUAUAAUCUUGCUAUCCAGCAUUACAACAGAAUAGUAUCAUGUAAAUAAAACUGUACAGAGAGACAUUA